AUGUUACUUCAGCAGCUGCAUGAUGCUCCUUGUCUCACGGCUGCUUGGAAAGGCAUGUGGGAGCCCUUCCUCGGAAUGUUGUGCGAACUGGGAACCAUAACCAGCAUGGUGACGGUUUUGCUGCGUGGGGCAGCAUGUGUUCUGGAUUGUGCCGAAAGCAGAGAUGAAAUGUGGCAAACGGCGCAUCCGGGUGGACGGCUUUCUAUGCAUGUCUACAAGCUUGAGGUACCGAAUGAUCGCCGACCUUUGACCUCUUUGGGUAUGCUGCCUGGGGCUGAUGCUGCGCUGCUGUGUCCUCGCUGCUUUGACCCUGGUGGCCCUUGA